CCGCGUCACAAGAUCCUCUCAAAAUAAAACGCCAUUGCCACUCCUGCUUCCAACCCAGCGUCCCUCCCUCAUCCCUCUAGGGUUUAUACUCAGCAUCAGUGUAUCAGCUCUACUCGUUCCGAGGCCUCAGAAAAAGCACUGCUUUUUAUAUGACACUCACCCCAGAGGGAUUUACACCAUGCCUCGGUACUAUUGCGAUUAUUGCGACACUUAUCUGACGCACGAUUCUCCUUCUGUUAGAAAGCAACACAAUGCUGGCUACAAACACAAGGCGAAUGUGCGUACUUAUUAUCAGCAGUUCGAAGAGCAACAGACCCAAAGUUUGAUCGAUCAGAGGAUCAAGGAGCAUCUUGGGCAGACCGCAGCUUUCCAGCAGCAAGUUGGUGCAACUUUCCACCAGCAUCUUGCUUCUUUCCAAUCAAACCCCCAGAGACCCCGUCUUCCUGUUCUACCCCCACCCAUUAUGCCGGGUGGAGGAUCUUCUCAGCCACCUGUCAAUUCACCAUUAAUCCCUGGCAUGAGGCCCCCAAUUUUGCAGCGGCCCGUUGGCCCUCCAGGAUAUGGGGCCACUCCAACUAUGCCAUCAAUGAUGGGGCCUCCUGGUGCCACUUCCAUGCCGAUGCAGAUGAAUGGUCUUCCUCGUCCUCCCAUGAUGAAUCCCCUGACUCCAGCAAGUGGGGGCAUGACAACCCCUACUUCCAACGGUGCUGGCUCUAUGCCUGGGAUGUAUCAACCAAAUCCUGCAACAGCAACGAGUGGGGGCUUUGAUGCUUUUAACAUUUCUGCGUCUUCGGGCUUACAAAGGGUAAUGCCCUCUGCUGGUGCUUCUGCUUCUCCUUCAGCUGCUGCUGCUCAGGAGGGUUUUUCGUAUGCUCAGUCUUCCGAGACUAAUCACUAGUCCCGUCAAACUAAGCAAAGCGCUGUCAUCUACUUAGGCAUGCGUUUUCAAAGGUGGUCGAAUUUGCGAAUGUGGUGGUUGAAGCGUGUCAAAUGAUGUCGAUGGACUGAAACCUAGAAGAGAAUUUUCAUGGUAGCCGCGCAUAUGUAUUAUCAUCAAAGGAUCUGUUCACCGUGGUUUUGGAUCUCCUUGGAGUCUAAAAUGAGGGUAUUUUGUAUUCCUGAUUUCCGAAUGGAUUGGAGAUUAUCAGAUCGGAUUACUUUCAAGAAGCAUGCUGGGUGUAUGGAUUUGACGGUUUGGAUGGGUCCCAAAAUGUGGAUGGUCAACAAAAAUGUGAACGGACCAUUGUUGGAUUACAUGGGCCCACAAGGGGUCCAGUGGCUCAUUUCCAUCUUACGUAGAGAAUGCUACAACACCCCAACGUUCGCCAAACAUUGCGUCUUUAUAAUAUAAGUAGUUAGAAUUUUUAGUUUUGAAA